AUGAUUACCUGGCGUUCGUUCGCCCGCACUUUCCAACGACACCAUGGCCCCAUCAGGGCUCAUGUGCGACAACUGAGUCUGCUUGAACAUCAUUCACACAACCUUCUGAAGGAUUUCAAACUGCCAGUUCCCAUAGGAUUCCUGGCGGCAACCCCAGAGGAGGCCAGGGAUGCCGUCGCUAAAAUUAAUGCACCGUCAAUUAUCAAAGCCCAAGUGCUCGCGGGCGGGCGCGGGAAAGGGUCAUUUAAUAGCGAUGGCAAAGGUGGAGUCCGGCUGGUUGAGUCACCAACCGAAGCAUUCAAAAACGCCACCAACAUGCUCGGCUAUAACCUAACAACAAAGCAGACUCCGCCCGGCGGUCUCCUGGUAAACAAGCUCUACAUCUAUAAAGCCGUAGCGGUGGCGCACGAGUACUAUUUCGCCAUUACCUUCGAUCGCCAGCGGGCCUCGCCUGUGCUACUCAUAUCAGACGACGGCGGCGUCAAUAUCGAGUCUAACGUCGACAAACUGCACAAGCUGUGGUUUGGACUAUCGACCGGUAUCACUCCUGAAAUUGAUGCAUAUAUUCAAGCAGAGCUGGGAUUCUCAGAUGAGCAAAUGAAGAAUAUCCAGCGUGUUCUUGGACAGAUGGUCAAGUUGUUUAAGGAGAAAGACGCGACCCUUCUCGAAUUAAACCCACUUGUGCGCACCGAGGAUGGAGAUUUCGUUUGCCUCGAUGCAAAGUUUGGGUUUGAUAAUGCAGCUAGGUACAGACAGAAAGAGCUAUUUGAGCUGGAGGAGCGGACGCCGGAAGAAGAGGAGGAACAUCAGGCUUCUCAAUUGGGACUUUCUUAUGUGCGACUCGAAGGGAAUAUUGGAAACAUUGUCAAUGGCGCUGGUCUAGCGAUGGCAACUAAUGAUCUGAUCAGUUUAUGUGGUGGGAAGUGCGCUAAUUUCUUGGAUGUUAGCGGGGGCGCGACUAAGCAGACUUUGUCCAAGGCUUUCCAGAUCUUGAAGAAAGAUUCGCGGAUUAAGGGGAUUUUCAUCAAUAUCUACGGUGGAAUCGUGCGAUGUGAUAUGAUUGCCGAGGCGAUUGUUGCCGGUGCUGCUGAGCUGGGUGGUUUCAAAUGUCCAGUUGUCGUUCGUCUGCAGGGUACUAAUGCUGAAAAAGGAUUGAAACUGAUUGAAGGUUCUGGAUUGGAAAAUUUGGUUGUGGAGCCUGACUUUGAGAAAGCUGCCAAUAUGAUCGUCAAACAAACACCUAGGUUUGAAUAA